AUGGAUGUCACAGAAAGUGACCACAAACCUGUCCGUUGCAAAUUCCAUGUUGAAAUUGCCCACGUUGAUAGAUCAGUGAGGAGACAAGAGUUUGGGAAAAUUUUUCUGUCCAAUGAUAAAAUCAGGGGGUUGCGUGAAGAGCUACAUUAUGUUCCAGAAACAGCUAUUAGUACCAACAAUAUAGUCCUUCAAAACCAAGACACAUGCAGCCUAAAAAUAACCAACAAAAAUGGGAAUGACAAAGUCAUAUUUCAAAUUGUUUGUGAAGGUCAGUCCACCAUCAAUGAGGAUGAGCAAGCACGGAUUACCGUCCGAGAGGUGCCUUUGGAUUUCCCCGUUGGAUUGAGUUAUUUGUUAGAUGUUCCAAGCCAUAGUCAUCUGUCUUCAGGUAGACAUACACAGCUAGACAAUGACUUGCCAAAUGGUCAGCUUAUUUGUGAGAAGUGCAAUAUUCAAGAGAUAGUCAACAAAGUCACACCAGCUGCUGGCAUAAUCAAACCUGAUCAAGUUGCAGAAGUCUUAGUACAUCAUGAGGAUUUUCGUACCUUGGAAGAGUUUGUGGAUGGGAUUCCACAAAGCUGGUGGUCUGAAGACACCCGAGACAAGGAAGUGGUUUUGUUAGUUAAUGUAAGAGGCAGCUGUUCAACUCAGACAAGAACUCAUCGAGUUCAUGUGCGUCACUGCUUUGCCACUAAGACGGUCCGAAUCGACUCUAAAAGUAGUAGUUCCCGAAAACACCAAGGAAGUUCCCAUCAACGGCCUGCGCUUCGACACAUGGGCAGUGCCUCUGAUAUGGCUGAUGACCAUCGAGAUUUACAUGGUCUUUGA